CUGGGCAGCUUCAAGGGUUGAGUUGUUGCUCGCCAUGAAUCGAUACAAGGUGACGAAGACUCUUGGCGAUGGUACCUAUGGGUCUGUCCUGAGGGCUCAGAACAAGCAGACUGGCGAGGUGGUAGCCAUCAAGAGAAUGAAGCAGAAGAUGUACAGUUGGGAAGAAUGUAUGAAGCUCCGUGAGAUCCAAUCGCUGAGGACGCUAAUCCAUCCGAACAUCGUGAAACUGAAGGAAGUCAUUCGGGAAAAUGAUGAAUUGCACAUGGUCUUCGAGAUGAUGGAGGCAAACCUGUACGAGUUCAUGAAGUCCAGAGUGCGACCUAUACCAGAAUCGAAGGUUAGGAAUGUGAUGUUUCAAACGAUGCAGGGGCUGCACCAUGUCCACAAGAAUGGAUACUUCCAUCGCGACAUGAAGCCAGAGAAUGUCUUGAUUUCGGGAGAUACAGUAAAGAUAGCAGACUUCGGGCUGGCGCGCCAGAUCAGAGCGCGGCCACCCUUUACUGACUACGUCUCUACACGCUGGUACCGCGCCCCUGAGGUGCUACUGCGAAGCUCCACGUACAAUUCGCCAAUUGACAUGUGGGCCUGUGGUGGCAUCAUGGCAGAACUCUACACAUUGCGGCCCCUCUUUCCUGGUUCCUCAGAAUCAGAUGAGCUGUACAAGAUAUGCUCUGUGCUGGGGACCCCACCUCAACAGACGUGGCCUGACGGCUUCAAAUUGGCGUCGCAGAUCAACUAUCGCUUUCCGCAGUUUGUACCGACAAAGCUUGAAAUGCUUAUUCCACAAUCAAAUGCAGAUGGUGUCAAUAUCAUGCUGGCCAUGAUGCACUGGGAUCCCUCCAAGAGGCCAUCAACAGCGCAGGUGCUGAAGCACCCAUACUUCGAAGUAGCUAUGAUGGAGUCACAGCAAAGCCAGGGCGUGCAAUCCACGCCGGCACCGACUGCUUUGCCGGCUGCCGCACCAGAAACGCACACCUCAAGAGCAGCGAAGCCUCCGCAGCCAAGCGCUUCUGUUGCACAGGCAGGCCAGGCUCCUCCAGCAAGUCUCUUUGGCACGAGAGGCAGCUGGAAAGGCGAUGUAAGCCACCCGAGCACUGGGAAAGUGGACAAGGAGGCUGGUGGCUCCAAGGGCUUCAACUUGCCGCCCCUAAGGGGCGCUCAGCAAGAUGCGCGAAAUACGAGCGCAGCCAAGAAAAGUCCAGGUGCCCGAUACUUGAAGAUGGCGCGAUAUCAGCCAGGCAUGCAGCAAAUUCCGGUUCCUGGGCGAAAAGAUCUACCUGGACUUCCUGCAGUACAGCCACACAUAGGGGCUUCCUUGCCGCCCGUGCGCAAAGACUCCGCCUUGCCAGAAACCGGUGGCAAGCAGAGCUUUUUUGGCGCGCACGCUGCGCGAAUGCUUGGAUGAGACCGGGGAGCGCAAGAGUGCAGGUCUAGUGUAGUCUCUUGUUGUGCCAUCUCUCAUUUCAGAAUGUUUCAUCCAGUUUGCAUUCAGAGCGAGCGCCUGGCCAGUGAAACUCAUGACUCAGAUGCUCAGGGCCAGAGGCCGUGCAUUGCCUUUGUCAUGUAGCACUCCGCACUGAAACCGCAACCAAUACCCAGGCAGCAAAUAUGCUGCUUCACUGCACCAUGAUGCGAUGCAGGGCUCAAGCUC